AUGUCUGUAUUCACUAACAUAACAUCAUUUGACAAAAAGGAAUAUAUCUGUUCAACCUGUCAUUCAAAGGUAGUAAAAAGUAAAAUUCCGUGUCAAGCAGUCUACAAUGAUAUGUCUGUUGAUGAAAUUCCAGUUGAACUUGCAUUUCUUGAGAAACUAGAACAAAUCCUUAUUGCACAAAGAAUUGUAUUUGAGAAGAUAAUUGUAAUGCCUAAAGGGCAACAGAAAAAGGUGUCAGGAGCAAUUUGUAAUGUACCAGUUAAUUGUGAUCAGACAUGUAAAGUUUCACCACGACCACCUGAAAUGUCUGGUAUUAUAAUGUUAAAACUUAAACGCAAGCUUGAGUUCAGAGGUCAUUCAAGCAGUUCGUCCUCAAAUUAUUGA